AUGGCUCCCCGAGACAAGGAACGGCACAGUGCCAACCCGCGAUCUUCUGUCAGACAGCCGGAAAAGAAGUCUGGCGGAGGAGGGAAGUACACUGUCGGGAAGGCGGGAGACGAGAGAUGGGGUGCAGCCCUGAAGAGGGAAGAUCCCAACUACGACCCCGAGGAGAAGCGCAUUGAUCCCGAAGAUGGCUGUGCGUACACCUGGGAUGAACUGGCAGAGUUCUACCGUGGCAAGUACAAGAUGAAGCAGCUGGAGGAAUACUGGGAUUAUGAGUGCAAGCCGGCAAAGACGAGAAGCAGUCGUAAGGCUGCGCAGGUCAGCAAGGAUCCUACUCCAGCGGAGUCUGCGAAGCAGGUGCCCGGAAAGGGCAGCAAGGCGGCAACAGCGAAGCCGAAAGCAAAGGCGAAGGCGAAGCCCAAGGCCGAAGCGAAGCGGUUGCAGCAGGGAGACAUGGAAUCUGAUGGGCCCCUGGCGAAGGAGAUUGCUUUGCAUAUACCCUAUUUCCCGUUCAAGAAGAUCGAGAGGUUCUAUGACAUUCAGGGCCUGCUGCAGCACCCGAAGCUUCUCAAUGCGAUGUGUGCAGUCUGGGCCAAGCGAUUCCGAAAAAUGGGCGUGACAAAGAUCUGCGGCUUUGAGGCUCGUGGUUUCCUUUUCACGCCUGUUUCCAUCAAGCUUGGCGUGCCUUUCGUGAUGCUCCGCAAGGCUGGAAAGCUACCAAACACAAUCUCCAGCGGCCCGUACACAAAGGAGUACGACGGCUUGGACGAGAUGUGCGUGCAGAAGGGAGCCGUUGUCAAGGGCGACAAAGUCGUCCUCAUUGACGACCUGAUUGCCACAGGAGGGACACUCUGUGCCGGUAUCAAGCUCAUGGAAGCCUGUGAGGCGGAAGUGGUGGAAUGCAGUUGCAUGGUCGAGCUCAAGGCGUUGAAUGGCAGAGAGAAGUGCCUAGCCGCUGGAGCAAAGUCUGUGUGGGGCUAUAUCUCGGAGGAGCUUCUGACGACAAAGGCUGAGCUGCCAGACAACUAUGUCGAUGACGGCCAUCUUGCUUCGCAGGCUGUUGAGCAGAAGCAGGUGGCACAGCAGCAGGCAGAACGUGCUCGCUACAUGGUCUUGAAGGCUCAGGAGGAGAAGAAGCGAACUAUCAUCCAUGCCGAAGGCGAGAAAGAGUCGGCAAGGAUGAUUGGUGAUGCGAUCAAGGCCAAUCCAGGUUUCGUCGAACUGCGAAAGAUUUCGGUUGCGAAGGAGAUCUCUAGCUUGCUUUCCAAGUCCGCUAAUCGGAUGGUGCUCUCGACGGAGUCGCUUCUCAUGAGCCUCAGUGAGGACGCUGAUAGCAAGGAUGACCAGGAAUGGCUCCGACGCAUGAACUUCGGCAUCAUGCUCUACAAGGAGUUCGCGCACUGCUCAGAAAAGCAGAUCGGCCCCGCCGCCAUCCAGAGAGAACUCAUCGGAGAGGGCAUUGCUCUGGACGAGGUCGUGGCCAACAAACGCUCUUCGGGCUGGGCUGUCCGGCAAAGGCAAGCACAGCGCAACGACCUGGGCCACUUCUGCUAUGGUUGUGGGCAGCCUCUAAGAGAUCUGAACGAGGAGGUUACGGUCUGGACAGGCGCAGCGAUUUACCGUCGCUUCCAUCCUGCUUGCGCAGCUUCGUACGUCCUUCGCGCUGAUGGGCAGUCUGCUGUUGACAGGAGUCGAGACCGUGUGCGAGAUGAUGUCGUGGAGGGCUACGCAGAUGCUUGGCGGGCACCACGGCCGGUUCGGCCAGUAGAGGCUGCCAGGCAAUGGCUUCUCUCAGAGGAUCAGCGUGCCUGGGGCUCCCUUCGUGGAGACCUCUUCACGACAGUGACGGUCAACGAGAAUGGAAAGAAGAAGGCAGUUCCGGGGCUGUCUCAUGAACAGCUGCGCAUUCUGCAGAGCAAACACAGGUGGCAGCCAGAUUCCCCUGACUUCCGUGAAGGCCAGGAGCCAGAGCACCUCGAGUGCGCCGUCUGCUUCGCUGCCGCGAGCACAGAGACGACCAGACGACCUGACUGCAGCUUCCGUGAAGUCGAGGGGGCUGCCCUGUGCCCCUCAGCACGUGUUUCACCUCAGCUGCGUCCUCCCGUGGCUGAAGAAGGCAUGGCCUCAGUACUGGUCAUUUCGGCACCAGAGCCAGCUUUCCUAGCUAACUUCCUUUGGCGUGGCCGCCGGCCCUUGCCGAGUUUCCUUUCUCAGGCCCGGAAAGAUGCCCGCUUGGCCGAGGCACUCCGCGAGGCCAGGGAGUUGCAGGAGGAGCUGCAAAUGGAAGGAGCUGACCUUGCUCAGCUCCGCAUUGAGGCGGAUUUGGCUUUGAAGGAGAAGCAGCGCUGGGAGCAGCAGCUGGAGGUGUCGCGAAACUGCAUAAAGAAGUUGGAGACGCAGCUUCUGCAGUUUCGACGAGUGAAAGCAGAAGGAAAGCUGCAAACACAGGAGGCAGACCGACGGCUUCAUUCCCAAACGGAAGAGCUGAUGCGGCAGAGAGAAAGGCUACUACAGGAGAGGACUGCGCUUGAGCAACAAGCGGAAGAGCAUAGGCGUGAGGUCCAAGCGCUUAGCCUCGCCCUCAAGAAGUUCCUUCCGGCCAUUCAGAACGCGAAGGCACCCCCAGAUUGGCUGCUGAAGCAGGAGCUCUCAGUGGCUGAGCAGGAGGUGCAGGCCUACCAACACCAGCAAGACACAGUUGGCAUGGGCCUUCUUGAUGCUCAAAGAGAGCAGAAGGCAGCCACGCUGGAGUUGGAGCAGUGCCGCCGGCUUCUGUCCAGCACCGCUGAGCAACAGGAACUAUGCAGCAAGCAGGAGCUGAAAUUUCGCGAUGCAACUCGAGAGCUUGCAGAAGAGGCAGCAGUAGCAAAACGCGAGGAGGCAGCUGCCAGGGAGGAGGCAGCGGCACAGAAGCAGUUGCACGCAGAGCGUUCUGCGGCGCUGCGCAAGCUGCAGGUUGCAAAGGCCGAGCAGCUUCGCCAACUUCGGGAACUCGAGGCUGCCGUGGUUCGAUCCCGAGGGGAUUUGUCGGUGGAGAAGGCUGCUCGCAAGGCAUUGAGUGCAGAUCUUGAAGUCCGAUGUGGACGUUUGCGUGCCGAAUUGGAGGAGCAUGCAGCGCUUCGCUUCGAAGCAACAGCCGAGCGUGCCGUCCAGGAGGCUGAGAAUGCUCAGCUGGAGGCCAGCGCUGCGCGUUUUGCACUGCAGCUUCAAGCUGAUGAGGAAGCAAGAGCACAGAUGGAAGCCAAGCUGCUGUCCAGCAUGCAGCUUGCCGAGCGCCAGCAGUAUGAGCUGCAGGCUCAGGAGCUGCUGGGUCAGAAUUUGGCCGCGGAAGUGGCCGAGGGACGACGCAUGGAACAGGCACUGCAAGCAGAGUUGGCUCGUGAGCGAAUGUUGGCAAACGAGGCUAGCGGUGAGGUUGCUGCCCUCUUCGAGCAGCGGCAGCGCAAGGCACUGGAGGCUGAGGAGGCUUUGCAUCAGUGCGAUGCCGCGUUGCUGGCUAGCCAGGGAGCCGAAGAGGAGCUGCGGCAGCGAGAAAAGCAGCUGCAACAGUCGGCCAGGUCGUCUGAGCUGAUGCAUCAGACCUUGAUGCAGAGACUGUCGACCGUUCAUGACCAGGUUCGAGCUGCCGAAGACGCCCACGCUGCUGCCCUCGAAGAGUUGCGUGGCGAGCGCCGGGAGCAAUCCAGGUUGAAUCAGCGACUCCUGGUCGAAACCUCGAAGCAGCGGGCACUGCUGCUGCCAGGAGCACGUCACAUGCUUACAGAUGUCCCUAAGUAG